AUGGUGAGACCUUUGUGUUGUGAUAAGCUCGGUAUGCGAAAAGGGUCGUGGAACGAAGAGGAGGAUGCACAGAUGCUUGCUUUUGUAACCAAACAACCUACAGGUAAUUGGCAAGUCGGGGCUCCGAGAAAACCAGGGUUAAGAAGAUGCGGGAAGAGUUGCAGGAUCAGGAAAACAAAUGUUUCGAGGAACGAUCAUGUUAGGCAUGAGAGCUUUACGCCACAAGAAGAGGAGUUGAUCAUCAAGCUUCAUUCCGCCAUAGGCAGCAGGUGGCCGAUAAUCGCACAACAACUUCCGGGAAGGACGGAUAACGAUGUGAAGAACUACUGGAAUACUAAACUGAAGAAGAAGCUAUCGGCAAUGGGGAUCGAUCCUGUAACUCAUAGACCUUUCUCUCAAAUGCUGGCCGAUUAUGGCAACAUCAGUGGACUCACAAGGACCCAAACUCGAAUCGCUUCACUCAAUCGAGACAACAACAACAAUAACAACAACAAGAAGAUAAACACGUUCUUCAUUUCGAAUCAAGAAAUCCAACAAAUCCCUGAAACAUUAUUCCCCAAUUUCAACAAUUCGGUCAAAAUGGAACCAUCGGAGGUCAUCAAACCCGAUUCGCUCGACCUUCUAACUCAACUCCAAGCAAUCACGCACGUUAAGGAUCCAUCAACGAAUCCAGAGAUCUCCCUGACUCAAUUCCACGUUUCAUUGGCAUCAUCGUCGUCGUCUUCUUCGAGUACCUGUUCUGCAACUCUAAAUGAAGCGACGCCACAACAGACCUUCAAUUGGCGCGAUUUUCUGAUCGAGAAUUCGCAGGAUGGAAACGUUAACGAUGAAAGCUUUGAAGCCAUGGGAGGAAUUGAGGUCGUUAAGGGUAAUAAUACCAAUACACCAUUGAUGAAAGGAAGUGUAGACGAAGAAGGCUGUGACGGAUCGUUUGUGGAAGCCAUGUUAGAUGGAGAAAACGAUAUGCUUUUGGACUUCCCAGGGCUUUUGGGUGAACCAGUUUAUUACUAA